CCAACCGUGGUUAUACCCGGAAGUAAAAGGGGCCUCGGCGUAAGGGGAGGAAACCUCCGUGAAACGGUUCAUAUUAGACCGAAAUUAUCAUGUUUUUGUCCUGAUAUUGAGGAUUUUACGUUCUAGAAAGUUAAAGUAUUUUGUAUAAAGGUUUGUAGAGACUUUUGAUCGCAAUGGACGCCGACGGCUUGCCUUUAGUAGGUCCAGGAGUGGACUAUACAAAGAUCGGAGCCAUUCACCAGAAGCGGAUGUUGGCCUUCAUCAACCAUUUCAUCACCCACACGGCGCGCUUCCUCAACAGGUUCUCCUGCGUCUGUGAGGAGAAACUCGCCAACAUCAACCUGAGAAUACAGAGAAUAGAGACGACUAUGAACAUACUGGAGGCAAAGAUAGCAUCCAUUCCUGGCCUGGAGAACAUCACAGGGGACAGUGCUCCUCCCAGUACAGCAGGAACAGCAACAGGAACAGCAACAGGAACAGCAACGCCAGCAGCACCAGCUGCCAGCACAGCGCCGACACAGCAACCAGCAGAGGGGGAGGCUGUUCCAGCAGCUGCUCCUCCUCCCCCUGAAGAAGCGGCCCCAGCAGCCCCCACCAUGACGGUGGCACAGGACCCGCGAUAUGCCAAGUACUUCAAGAUGAUCAACAUGGGUGUGCCAGUUCAAGCUCUGAAGACUAAGGUUGCGAUGGAAGGACUGGACCCUGACCUACUGGACACUCCUGACGCUCCGGCCCCAGCUGGUGCAGCACAGGAAGACAGCGACAGUGAGAGCGCCAGCAGUUUUAGUGACAGCGACUAGACGUCACAUUCGUCCAUUUUUCACUACAAUCAAGGCUAAUUUUUGAGAGAAGACACUAAAAAACUUCCUAGGACUAACUUUAAAUGUCUUGUUCAUAAAUUCAAAGAAUAGAUUUAAAUUCAUUUAUUAGAAAAAAAAAUAUGUUGUCCAUUUGUGAAGGAUUAAUUUGUGGUCUGACUUUGUGAAGAGGACUGAUAGUGAUAGUUUAUGUAAAAUUGAAAUGAAUUUCCUUGUGAUAUUUUAUGUUAAUGUUUUCAGAAAAAUGUAAAGUUGAUGUCACCAUCAAAUAAAACUUGUACAAAUUGACAUUGACUGUAAAAA